AUGACGGUCAUUACCAGUGCGAGCGGCCUGCUGGCCAUGCUCGACGAGGAAGAACCGGCUCUCCGCGUGUACGCUCUUAAGAAUCUGAAUCUGCUCGUCGGCCAGUUCUGGGCCGAGAUCUCCGCGAACAUCUCCACCAUUGAGAGCUUGUACGAGGAUGAGACGUUCGACCAUCGCGAGCUGGCGGCUCUUCUGGCCUCCAAGGUGUUUUACUAUCUGGGCGAGCUCACCGACUCGCUCACGUACGCGCUUGGCGCGGGGUCCCUCUUUGACGUCUCGGAGGACUCGGAAUACGUGCAGACGCUCAUUGCCAAGUGCAUUGACGAGUACAUGGAUCUCAGUGUCAAGCGCGCCGACUCCCAUGACCCUGACGCCGACUAUCCUCUUGACCCGCGCCUCGUGGCCAUCGUAGAGAGGAUGCUGGACAACUGCAUUGAGGAGCGUCAGUUCCAGCAGGCCAUCGGAGUGGCGCUGGAGUGCCGCCGCCUUGACAAGCUCGAGGCUGCCGUUGCGAGGAGUGGCAACUCUCGCUCCCUGCUCGCCUACUGCCUCCAGGCACACUUGGCACUUGCUUUUCAUUUCAUCCCUCACCCCCCUGUUUGCUGCUGCGUUUCCUGCCUGCCUUGCUGUUGCUUACCUCCCGUGCAGGUCUCUCAUUCCCUUGUCAACCGCCGACAAUUCCGGCAGCAGGUACUGCACCCGACCCUCGCCUUCUCUUGCUCUCCUUCACCCUCUCAUCACCCUCUCCCUCGCCCUCUCUUCACCCUCUCCCUCGCCCUCUCUUCACCCUCUCCCUCGCCCUCUCAUCACCCUCUCCCUCGCCCUCUCUUCACCCUCCCUGCGCCCCCUCAUCACCCUCCCUGCGCCCUCUCUUCAUCCUGCCACCUGUAUGCCUUGGUGUUCUCAUCUCAAUCACUUGCUGAUGUGUUUUACCAGCAGGCAGAGUGCUCAUACAAGGCUGCGCACGUGUCAGAAGCCACGUGUCAGAUGCUCUCUUCCUCCGUGGCUCCUUUUGCCCUUUCCCCUUGCCCUUCCCCCUUGCCCUCUCCUUCCUUGGCGCCCCCCCCCUCUUUCCCCGCGCCUCCCCAGGUGCUGUCCACACUGGUGCGGCUGCACCAGCAAGCAGAGACCCCCGACUACGGCAGCAUAUGCCAGAUGCUCAUGUUCCUCAGCGACUCCCUCCUCUCCUUACCCCUUGCCCCUCUCCGUUGUUCAUUCCCCCAGGUUUUGUCAACAUUGGUGCGUCUAUAUCAGCAGGCAGAGACCCCCGACUACGGCAGCAUAUGCCAGAUGCUCAUGUUCCUCAGCGACGCAGCAGGGGUGGCGGCGACACUGGACCGACUCAUCAAGGGGCAGAACGAGUCGCACGCUUUAUUAGCGUACCAGGUCGCCUUUGACCUGUUUGAGAACGAGUUUCAGCAGUUCCUGCUGUCUGUGAGGGAUGCUCUGCCUGACCCGCCGCCCCCGCUUGCGCCUGCCCCGGCUGUUCCGGCUUCUGCUGAUGCCGAUGCCGCUGUUGCUGUUGCUGCUCCGGAGGCGGAUGGUGCUUCUGCUGCUGCUGCCCCUGAUGCGGGUGCUGAGGUGGCUGCUGCUGGUGAUGCUGUAACAGGCGCCGCAGCAGCUGAGGGAGGCAGUGCUGCUGGUGCAACCGAUGCGGCUGCAGCAAUGGAGACGGAGGAAGGGAAGGAGGGAGAAGGAGCAGCAAAGGCAGAGGGCGGAGAGGCGACAGAUACGGCUACAGCAGCUGCUGAAGAUGGGGCAGCCAAACCUGCUGCCGAGGUUGACAGGACAAGCACCAUGGACACUACCGAGGCAGCUGGUUCUGGUUCGGCCGAAGCUGCAGGUUCGGGGGAGGGCGAGGCAGCUGCCGAGGCUGCGCCGAGCGAGGAGGUGGUGUAUGCAGAGCGACUGGCGAAGCUUAAGGGGAUUCUGACGGGGGAGACUCCGAUCGGCCUCACCCUGCAGUUCCUGUAUAGCCACAACAAGGCGGACCUGGGAGUGCUGAAGGCGAUCAAGCAGGUGGUGGAGACGCGCAACAGCGUGUGCCACAGCGCCACCAUCGUAGCCAACGCGUUCAUGCACGCUGGCACGACAGUUGACACCUUCCUCAGAGACAACCUGGACUGGUUGAGCCGGGCGACCAACUGGGCGAAGCUGAGCGCCACAGCCGGGCUGGGGGUGAUCCACAGGGGCCACCUGCAGCAGGGGCGCUCCCUCAUGGCGCCCUACCUGCCCCACGGGGCUGGGGGCAGCGCAGGGGCAGCGGGCGGGCUGAGUGGGAGUGCGUAUUCGGAGGGCGGGGCGCUGUACGCUCUGGGGCUCAUUCAUGCUAACCACGGGGAGAGCAUCAAGGGGUUCCUGCUCGAGAGCCUCCGCAACACCAGCAAUGAGCAUGGCGCAUGCCUGGGAGUGGGUCUGGCGGCGAUGGGCACGGGCGACAAGGAGGUGUAUGAGGACACAAUCCAGCAUGGCGCGUGCCUGGGCGUGGGUCUGGCGGCGAUGGGCACCGGCGAUGAGGAGGUGUAUGAGGACGUGAAGAGCGUGCUCUACACUGACAGCGCCACAAUCCAGCAUGGCGCGUGCCUGGGCGUGGGUCUGGCGGCGAUGGGCACCGGCGAUGAGGAGGUGUAUGAGGACGUGAAGAGCGUGCUCUACACUGACAGCGCCACAAUCCAGCAUGGCGCGUGCCUGGGCGUGGGUCUGGCGGCGAUGGGCACCGGCGAUGAGGAGGUGUAUGAGGACGUGAAGAGCGUUCUCUACACUGACAGCGCUGUUGCGGGCGAGGCAGCAGGGAUUGCCAUGGGGCUGCUGCUAGUUGGGACGGCGAGCGAGCGGGCGGCGGAGAUGCUGGCUUAUGCCCAUGACACGCAGCACGAGAAGAUUAUCAGAGGCCUGGCGGUGGGGAUUUCCCUGGUCGUUUACGGCCGGGAGGAAGAGGCCGAUAUUCUCAUCCAGCAAAUGACGACGGACGCCGACCCGAUCCUGCGCUACGGCGGCAUGUACGCCAUCGCCAUGGCCUACCGCGGCACCGCCAACAACGGCGCCAUUCGGCAGCUUCUGCACUUUGCCGUCAGUGACGUCAGCGAUGACGUCAGGCGCGCCGCCGUGCUGUGCCUGGGCUUUGUUCUCUGUGCUGAGCCAGAUCAAGUGAGAGCAAGGGAGAGAAAGGUUAUGGUGAGGGAGGUUGCUGUUUGUGUGUCGCUCUCUCGCUGCUGUGCUGUGCCUGGGCUUUGUUCUCUGUGCGGAGCCGGAUCAGGUGAGAGAGAAGCAGUGCGUGAAGCACGCUAUAUUCUGUCCCUCCCACUCUCUCUGCUAUGCUGCGCUGUGCUACGCUACGCGGCAGCCAUGGCAGUCGGCAUAGCCUGCACCGGCACGGCGCAGCGAAGCGCGCUGGACCUGCUGGAGCCUCUUCCUCACUCUGCCCUUGCAUCACCCUGCACCGCUCACUCUUCCUGUGUACCGUGCCUCACCACUCCCUCUCCCCUUACACCACUCUUUGCCGCUCUCCCUCCCCCCCUUGCAGGUACCCCGCAUGGUGUCCCUCCUAGCCGAGUCCUUCAACCCCCACGUGCGCUACGGGGCAGCCAUGGCAGCCGGCAUCGCAUGCGCCGGUCACCCCGUUUGACUCUUGUACCGCUUUCCACCCCUCUCUCUCCUUCUUUCUUUGUAGGCCCCUCGCAUGGUCUCUCUCCUAGCCAAUCCUUCAACCCCCACGUGCGCUACGGGGCAGCCAUGGCAGUCGGCAUUGCAUGCGCCGGCACGGCGCAGCGCAGCGCCCUCAACCUGCUGGAGCCACUCCCGCACCCCGUCCCCCGAAUGGUCUCUUUACUCGCGGAGUCCUUCAAUCCCCACGUGCGCUACGGGGCAGCCAUGGCGGUCGGCAUUGCAUGCGCCGGCACGGCCCAGCGGAGCGCCCUGGACCUGCUGGAGCCGCUCACAUCGGACGGGGUGGACUUUGUGCGGCAGGGGGCGGUGAUGGCUACGGCAAUGGUUCUUAUGCAGUGCUCCCAGGAGCGAGAGCCCCGCGUCGUGCCCUUCAGGCGCCAACUUGAGAAGGCGAUUCACGACAAGCACGAGGACACCAUGUGCAAGAUGGGCGCCAUUCUCGCUUCCGGAAUCCUCGACGCAGGCGGCCGCAACGUCACCAUCUCGCUGCGCUCCCGCUCGGGCUACGACCGCGUAACCGCCGUCAUCGGCAUGGCUCUUUUCACGCAGUACUGGUACUGGUUCCCGCUGCUGCACUUCCUCUCUCUCUCCUUCUCUGCAACGGCACUCGUCGGGCUUCAGGGGGAUCUCAAAGCGCCGAAAUUUGAUUUCGUUUCGGAGUGCCGCCCGGGGUUGUUUGCGUACCCGCCGCCCGCUGUUGUGGCGAGUAGCAGCACUGCCGUGAAGGCUCCGGUUGCGGUGCUGUCGACUGCUGCGAGGGCGAAGGGGAGGGCAAAGGAGAAGGAGGAGAAGAAGGAGAAGGAGGAGGAGAAGAAGGAUGGGGGAGAGGGGAAGGCCGGGGAGGGUGGGGCGAUGGAUGGGGUGAAGGGGGGAGAGGAGGAUGGAGGGAAGAAGGGAGAGGAGAAGAAGGAAGGAGAUGCUAUGGAGGUUGAGGGGACCGAGACCACUCCCAGUGCUGCUGCUGAAGCCAAGAAACCGGCUGAGCCAACGUCUGAAAUCCUUCACAAUCCUGCCCGAGUGCUGCCCGCCCAAGAAAAAUACAUCAAGUUCCCGGACACCUGCCGCUAUGCACCAAUCAGGAAGCCAACCUCGGGGUUUUUGCUCCUCAAGGAUUGCCAGCCCGGGCAGCCCGAAGAAUUCGCGCUCACCGACGGGCCGAAUGCUGCUGCGGCCGGGAAUUCCGGUGCUGCCCGGACUGCCGCUGCUGCUGCCCCAGCUGCUGCUGCUCCUGUGGGAGCGUUUAGGAGGAGCGGAGGGGGAGGAGGGGCAGGGGGGAGGGGGAGAGGGGGGGGUGCUCCCCCCCCCCCGCCGCCACCUGCUGACGAUGAUGAAGAGGAUGACGAGCCUGCACCUCCCGAGGCCUUUGAUUUCCGUUAA